AUGGAUGUGUGGAAGGAAGACUGGCUAAACUGCCUGUACUCCGUCGGCUACCUUUUAGGCUCGGUGAAUAUUAAGUGCCAAUACGACUGCUGUGAACACGCCUGCUGCACCCAACAGGAGGCUGAGGCAAAUGCCGCGAAGGGAAAAUUACGGAGAAUGAAGAGAUUAAGGGCAGUCAGAGCUCAGAUGAGCCAAACCAAAGUUCAUGCAACAAUUGACGUUAACAACAAGAGGGUCCAAGACAACAACUACAGCGUUGUCAGGGAGACGGGACCAACGCGGACACCUUCCGUAGCCCCCAACGUUCCUGCGUUUACGCGCGGAGUCCCCGAUGAACAGCGUCUCAUGAACAACUUGUUCCAGGGAUACGAAAGGACGGUGAGGCCCGUCCGAAACGCCUCAACUCCCGUUGUCAUCAGGAUGGGUCUCACACUUACUCAGAUAUUUGAUAUGGAUGAGAAGGACCAGGUUCUCGUCACAAACGUAUGGCUGGACCAGGAGUGGGUUGACGAGUUUAUGCGGUGGGAUCCGGACGAGUUCGCCAACAUCACGACGCUGAGGGUUCCCUGUAACAAACUCUGGCUCCCGGACAUCGUCCUCUACAACAACGCCGCAGAAUACACGGACGGUUUGAUGCCGGCUAACGCGAUGGUGCGUUACGAUGGUAACAUUUUCUGGCCAAUUCCGACCAAACUUCAGAGCUCGUGUAAGGUGGAUGUCACCUACUUCCCCUUUGACGAACAGGAAUGCUACAUGAAGUUUGGCUCGUGGACGUACGAUGGUUUUCAGGUGGAUAUAACGAACCGGACGGAGCAAGUCGAUCUAAGUAAUUAUGUGAACAACGGUGAGUGGGAGUUGGUCAGUAUAAGGAUCGAGCGGAACGUGGUCACGUACUCUUGUUGCCCGGAGCCGUUCCCGGACGUCAAGUUCUACAUUCACAUCCGGCGUCGCACCCUCUAUUACAUGUAUAAUGUGAUCUUUCCGUGCAUCAUGAUGUCCGCGCUAACACUGCUCGUGUUCUGCUUGCCGCCUGACUCCGGGGAAAAGAUCGCCCUUGGUAUCACUGUGCUGCUGGCAUUCUCCGUCUUCAUGUUGGCUGUGGCGGAAAACCUGCCAGAGACAUCCGAGUUCGUGCCUCUCAUCAGUAUAUAUUUGACAAUCGUGAUGGGACUGACAUCCAUGUCGGUAAUCAUGACGGUGUUCGUGCUCAAUCUACACCACCGGGGCCCCAACAAGCGCGCCGUGCCACGCUGGAUCAAGGAAAUCCUCGUCAACAAAAUGGCGCCCUACCUCUGUCUCCAGGAAGAAGCAACACGUGAUCAUAGGCGCUUCUAUGACAACGAGGAACAGUUCAUCAAAAAUGUCUCCCUUAAAAUAACUCUUGACAAUAUUCAACAGGCGCUUCAGAAUGAAUCCAAGAUAGAAAGUAAUGAGCAAUGUAAUGAAACGAAUUCCGUUGACUCGGAGCGGGUAACCUCAAAAGAGCAGGAAGGUGAUUGUCUAAACGUGCCUGGGGUGACAAUAUAUCAUCCUGUGCGUGCGGAGCAUACAACAUCUUCAUCUUGUAAUCAUUCUUCAUACUCAACAAGUCAUCAGAAUAGUAAAUCUGUUACUGCGAAUUCUCCAGUGUCACAAACACAACAGUAUUUCCAGUAUAAUCCUCAAACUAGUCAGUUUAGUUCAACAACACAAAACAUUUACCCAAAUCCGCACACAGAAAGUGCUUCAUUACACCCAAACCACAAACAGACGUCACCGAACAAGCACGAUAACAACCGGAAGGGUCGGCAUCGGACGACCUCGCCUUUAUCGAAGACAAACGAGGAGAUCCUGCAUUCACUAAAGCGUAUUCUUGAAAAGCACGAGAAGGAGGAUCGAGACUACGAGGUAAUCCAGGAAUGGCGACGGGUCGCUCAAGCCGUGGAUCGCAUACUCUUUUUCAUUUUCCUCCUGGCUACGUUCGCCUCCACACUCGGCCUCCUUGUCGUGGCGCCCGCCGUUAAGUGA